CGGCGGUAUAUUUGGUCCGGCUGUUGGCGUGCCUUUGCGCAGCUUCUUUGAAUGGCGGGAUCAUUUCAGAUGUUCAUGUAGCCGUGUUGCAUUGCUGACCAAUCCUUCUCUUGCUGAGCGUUGCCAUAAGAUGCCCGCUGACGCUGCCUAGAAACCCACAAUCUAAUAAAUACGCAUCACCGUGUCUAUGGCACGUUACCUCAACACAUGCUCUAGUAAGAGCAUGCAUCCGGAGCAUUAUGACGUCCCGUUUGUUGAUGAUGAUGAAGACGAUGACGACCUGGACGACGAUGACAUAGAUGGUUAUGAUGCUCUCAGCGACUCUGACGAUGAGGAUGACCUUAGCCAAAGCCGAAACACAGCCCGACAUAACCUUGGUGGGACUUUGGACGAUCUUGGUGAAAAUGAUGAUUUCAGACGCCAACGAUCAAUCAGCGAAGGGAGUGCGAAUCAGUUGGAGCCUGGGGAUGACAACCGUCGCGAUCAUCACAAUCAACUGGAACGCAAAAGGCGAGCCAGCAUCAAGACAAGUUACAAUGAUCUCAGGGAGGUCAUACCUAGUCUACGGGGAUCAAAGGCUUCCCGAGCUGUGAUCCUGCAACGAGCAGUUGAGUGUAUUGAGGAGUUGGUUAAGCUCAAUCGUGACCAUACACAUUGCGUUGAAACUCUGAAACGGCAAAAUGACGCGUUGGAAUCAAAGGUUCAAGACCUCCAACGUUACAUCCAGCGUCUUGAUGGUGAAGAGGCAGUCAGCGCAUCGUGUUGCUCGUCGUUUCCAGGUUGCGGGUCGGCACCUGGAAACGGAGCGUUGAGGCUCUUGUCGGGCUCUAUUACACCGGCUGGGACUUCAGGAUCUGGUUCUUCAGGUGUACCCGUUUAUCGUUUGUUGCCGCAUGAUGCUGCUGAUAAGCCAGGGCCGUCUCAUGGCUCUGUUCAAACUGUUGGUUUUGCAAACAGACCAACCACCCAUAAUGGAACUCCUCAAGGAUCGACAGCAGUUUCCCACACUUUUUCAUCACGCACACGAACUAGUCCAGCAAUCCAUUUGUCCACCUCAGCGUGCGCACUCUCGUCUGGAUACAGUGGGAUGAACGCCCUCAGUGCUGCAGUCAACUUAGUCGCCAGCACUAACUCAGCGUUUUCGUCGGCAUCAUCCUCCACUGGCUCGAACUGCGACCCUCCACAGUCUUCUUCACAGCGUUCCAGUCCAGGAUGUCUUUCGUCUUCCUCUUCAACUGCUUCCUCUUUCAACCAAUGCUGUUCUCGUGGUAGGGGUCAGAGCGAAGAACGCUCCCUCAUCAUCGACGUCCCAUCGUCCGGGGAUAUAGACUUUGCUGAGACUAAUGGCACAGGCUCCUUUUGUAGCUUGAAGACUAAUGGCACUGCGGCACUUCCCACUAGUCCGACAUCUCGGACCUCCUCACCACCCUCUAUUCUACUUACUGUGCCAGUACGACCACUGGCAACGUGCACGCAGACACACGGAUCAAGAAAGCUUUCCUCAAGUGACGUGGAUGCUGCUGUGGGGCUCAGUGAUAUCUCCAAACGACGUCGUCUCACUUGAUCUCAGUUGUUCACUUCUCAGGCCAUCCCUUCUAAGCUAUUCCGUACGAUAAAUACGCAACUUCCCAAUUUUUCUAUGAUGUAUCUAUCCGGCCUGUUGACGACUUCCGCUCACUCCGCACUUGACUGCGUCAAACUGGCCCACACAACUCCUAUCUUGUUGGAGGUUCGGUGUAAUUUGAUUUUCUGAAAUCCAAAGUAUGUAUUUUAUUUGUACAGAUGGCAUGUCCGUUAGGACAACUAUGACACUAGGAGUAUUACUUUCCAUGCUUAGUUGUAUGUUUUACGACCUGGCGAUCACAGCACCUAAUGUUAAUAUCCUUACUACGUCUCCUCAUAUUGGCGUUCAAGGCCUUUAUUGUCUCCACAGCAUGUCUAUAUCGUUGCAUUGGCAUGCUUAUCACUCUUAAAUAUUCAAUCAUUGAUUAUUACCGUUGUGGUUUUUCGUUGUUCAUAUCAUGGUUUUGUUUGUUGGCUUUCUCUUACUUUCCUUUAUUUGUCCUUAUACCUUUUGUGAAACUGGCCACUAUUAUCGGUAGAAUAAUAGAUCUUGAUAAAUAAAGC